AUGGCCGCAUCAAAAAAAAUUCUCUUUAUCUUGACUUCCCACGACCAAUUGGGCGACACUGGCAAGAAGACCGGCUGGUAUGCUGAGGAAGUCGCCGAGCCCGCCGACAUCCUCACCAAGUACGGUUAUGAAAUCGUCUUUGCUUCACCCAAGGGAGGCAAGGCCCCCCUCGAUCCUAGCUCUAUCGAAGCUGCCAAGGACAACAAGACGGUCAAGGAUUUUUUGAACGAUAAGAACAUCAUCCACAAGAUCGAUAACACCCACAAGAUCGAGGAAUUCAUUGGUAAGGAGUCCGAAUUCGCAGCCGUAGUCUACCCCGGUGGCCACGGACCUAUGUUUGAUCUCGAGCAUAACGAGGCUGCGCUCAAGGUCACCGCUGCCGCUUAUGAGGCCGGCAAGGUCGUCGCUGCUGUCUGCCACGGACCCAUUGCAUUGACGGACGUCAAGCUCUCGGACGGUACCCUCCUGGUCCAGGGCAAGAACGUCACCGGAUUCAGUGAUGACGAGGAAAGGUCUAGCAAACUCGAUCAUGCCAUCCCAACCCUGUUGGAGUCCAAGCUCAAGAAGAUUGGUGCCAAGUACCAAAAGGCCGACGAGCAGUGGGGCGUCAAGGUCGUCACCGAUGGUCGUAUUGUCACCGGACAGAACCCUGCCAGUGCUCCUGGAUUCGGAGAGGCCAUCCACGCCGCCAUCCAGGCCCAGCACAAGUAG